AUGAGCCUGAUACUAGCAGCGAUUAUGAUAAACUGGAUGCAAGCAAUGAACGCGAUGAAAAAUGAUUCCAUCACCUUUGUGUGGUCUGUGGCCUAUGUGAUGGCAUCCCACGUCAACACGGUGGCGGUGGUCGCCGUAGACCUGUUUCGAAAUACCCACAAGUACCUGAGAAUACUCACUCUAUUGUCUUACCGGGACAGUGGUAAGUCGCAGUGUCGCCAUUUCUCCAGCACGGCGGUAUGUGGGGCUCGUUCUUCUUGUGAGGAGUACUCGCGCCAGGUCAACCAGUGUCUGAGAGCUACAGCCCAAGUGAGAUGCCAGCGGCGACCACUUGCAGACCGCUACCGCGAGGAGAGUCUACUCCGCACUGUGCCACCUGUCCCAGGAGGUUCUUUCUGCCCACGAGAUAGUCUUAAUGGUGACUGCACUGUGCAGUAUAUCUUGGAAUGUAGUUGCCGCAGUCUUAACACGUCAGCAGAAACAGCUAGUGGCGAUACACAUGUUGUUUCUGUCGUGGCAGUCGUCACUGGUGUUAAUGGUGACAGUAGCCUCGCAACCGCUUUCCAGGGAGGCGGCGCUGACAGCUCCUGUCCUCUGUCGGCUACUCCUGGGUUGUCCGCAGCUCGUGGUCAUGUGAGGGAGGCAAGGGAGAGGGAGGCAAGGGAGAGGGAGGCAAGGGAGAAGAAGGCAAGGGAGAAGAAGGCAAGGGAGAAGAAGGCAAGGGAGAAGAAGGCAAGGGAGAAGAAGGCAAGGGAGAAGAAGGCAAGGGAGAAGAAGGCAAGGGAGAAGAAGGCAAGGGAGAAGAAGGCAAGGGAGAAGAAGGCAAGGGAGAAGAAGGCAAGGGAGAAGAAGGCAAGGGAGAAGAAGGCAAGGGAGAAGAAGGCAAGGGAGAAGAAGGCAAGGGAGAAGAAGGCAAGGGAGAAGAAGGCAAGGGAGAAGAAGGCAAGGGAGAAGAAGGCAAGGGAGAAGAAGGCAAGGGAGAAGAAGGCAAGGGAGAAGAAGGCAAGGGAGAAGAAGGCAAGGGAGAAGAAGGCAAGGGAGAAGAAGGCAAGGGAGAAGAAGGCAAGGGAGAAGAAGGCAAGGGAGAAGAAGGCAAGGGAGAAGAAGGCAAGGGAGAAGAAGGCAAGGGAGAAGAAGGCAAGGGAGAAGAAGGCAAGGGAGAAGAAGGCAAGGGAGAAGAAGGCAAGGGAGAAGAAGGCAAGGGAGAAGAAGGCAAGGGAGAAGAAGGCAAGGGAGAAGAAGGCAAGGGAGAAGAAGGCAAGGGAGAAGAAGGCAAGGGAGAAGAAGGCAAGGGAGAAGAAGGCAAGGGAGAAGAAGGCAAGGGAGAAGAAGGCAAGGGAGAAGAAGGCAAGGGAGAAGAAGGCAAGGGAGAAGAAGGCAAGGGAGAAGAAGGCAAGGGAGAAGAAGGCAAGGGAGAAGAAGGCAAGGGAGAAGAAGGCAAGGGAGAAGAAGGCAAGGGAGAAGAAGGCAAGGGAGAAGAAGGCAAGGGAGAAGAAGGCAAGGGAGAAGAAGGCAAGGGAGAAGAAGGCAAGGGAGAAGAAGGCAAGGGAGAAGAAGGCAAGGGAGAAGAAGGCAAGGGAGAAGAAGGCAAGGGAGAAGAAGGCAAGGGAGAAGAAGGCAAGGGAGAAGAAGGCAAGGGAGAAGAAGGCAAGGGAGAAGAAGGCAAGGGAGAAGAAGGCAAGGGAGAAGAAGGCAAGGGAGAAGAAGGCAAGGGAGAAGAAGGCAAGGGAGAAGAAGGCAAGGGAGAAGAAGGCAAGGGAGAAGAAGGCAAGGGAGAAGAAGGCAAGGGAGAAGAAGGCAAGGGAGAAGAAGGCAAGGGAGAAGAAGGCAAGGGAGAAGAAGGCAAGGGAGAAGAAGGCAAGGGAGAAGAAGGCAAGGGAGAAGAAGGCAAGGGAGAAGAAGGCAAGGGAGAAGAAGGCAAGGGAGAAGAAGGCAAGGGAGAAGAAGGCAAGGGAGAGACCAGGUGGACUCCCAUGUUGA